AUGGUUGAAAAAAGGAAGUCUCCAGGACAGUUAAAAGCUUUAAAACUAAUCAAAAAACAUAAAAAGCAAUUCAAAAAUCCAAUUGAUGAGACGCAUAAAACAUCUCAAUGCAUCUGUCGCAUACCUGUGACUAUGUAUGUGUCAAUGGUACCGAUUUAUCAGCAAAAUCCUCUUGAAGGUAUUAGAAGGCAGCAUUUGAAUCCAAUGUUAAUGAAGUAUAACUCCGACGUUGGAGGAGUUGUAUUGGGCUAUGAAAACAUUUCUUUAGUAGAUGAGAACCCAUUUGGAGAUGAAACUAAGGAUGCUGAGGACAUAAAAUUGGUGAAAUUGACUGCAGAUACGCCGUUUGGUUUCAGUUGGUGCAAGGUUGACUUGAUUGUAUGGGCCCCACAAGUUGGUGAUAUUGUUGAGGGAUGGAUUUUUAUACAAUCAGCCUCACACAUAGGUCUACUAAUCCAUGAUGCGUUCAAUGCAUCAAUUAAGAAGAAUAAUAUUCCAAGCGAUUGGACAUUUAUCCAUUCUGAAGAAAGCGCUACCGCUGUUAAUGACAGUUCCGAUACCGCCAAUUUCAAAAAGCACCGCUCUUUAGGUCAUUGGGUUGACAGCAAUGGAGAAGGUCUAGGUGGGAAGCUAAAGUUUGUUAUUAAACACGUUUACACAACUGGUAGAAUGGUUUCUUUGGAUGGAACACUAAUAGGUGAUGACAACGUUACAAAGUCACAAGCGGAAAACUUGCCAGUAGUUUCUAACACUAAGAUUAUAUUUGACGACGAAGUUUCACAGGAGAAUAAGGAAUCUCACAAGGAUUUGAAAUUAAGUGUUGUGACAGAAGAUAACGGUGCGGAGAUCGUUUAUGAAAAAGAUUCUAGUGACAGCGACUCGGACGCUAGUAGUUAG